AUGCAGGUAGCAAAACUUGGGGUUCGCUUGUUAAGGGGCGUAACUGUUGUAAUCAGGGGAAGCAACUAUUAUAAUCAUCAUGUUUGGAGGGUUUCGGUUCCGGAAAUUCCUUCUCGUGGCAGCGAUGAUCGGGAUUGAAGCUUGUGAAACUCUGGAAGUGAUUUUCAUGAUAGCCAAUGUCCAGACACUUGGAGUUGCGGUCAAGUAUUCUUCUAUCCCCGGCAUCGUCGGCGCCUGUUGCAGCCUGAUGCUGAUUCCAGUUCUAGGAUACGUGUCGGACAAAUGGGCGGGUACCAGACUGGCUAAAGCCAAAAUAUUAAUCAGCACGGUUUCUCUUCAGAUUAUCGGAACUGUUCUGGUAUUCACAGCGAACUCGAUCAAGCUUUUAUUCUACGACCGAGGCGGGCAUCUAAACUCGACGAACAUCAGUACAAUCAAUGGUGUAUUCAGACAAGAUUCCUUGUACACCACAGCAAACGGCACGCAUGUCGAACACCAGUCUCUGACGACUAUUACAUCGACCCCUGCGCCUGUAGAAGACGACGGUAUUUUUUUCUACGCCGUCUUGGCCAUGUUGGGGUAUAGUCUGACGGAUUGCGGGUACGAUGCCAGCAUUUGUUUCUUGAAAACUUUCUCCCUGUCCUCGGCUCCACCAGAAGAACAUUCCAGCAUUAUCGUAAGGUCUAUCUUUAUCUCCUCAAUAGGCGGGUGUGUUAUUGCCGUCCUGGGGUCAGUUGGUCUUGGAGAGAUGCUGACCGCUGGUACGUCACAUGACGUGAACGCCGCCCAAAGCGCUCUGCUGGCAGCUCUGUGCUUUUUGCUGCUGUCUGCUGGACUGACCACCACACUGACCACUGGCCUGUGCUGUCCGCCCACAAGAGCCUUGGCUGACUGCGACACUGCUGAUCCCAGCAGUGAGACCGAGACCUCUAGAAUCGUGGUCUCACCUGACCACCGGAAGUUCUCCAGCAGCUGCAGGUACACACAGAACAGUCACGUGGUACACAUCACCAGCGGACGAAAGUUCUCUAAAGCAGACGGCUACCAGUGCGCGCCCCACAAAACCUUCUGCCCCUCCGACUACUCCCCGUGGGUCAGGUUCCAACAAUUCCUCCAUCGACAGAAGAAGCAGAUUGUACUGAACAUUGCCGCGUUUUUCCUGUUCGGGUCUCUGUAUUCCUAUGAGGUAUACUCGGUCAACUUUGUUGGUGAGUUGCUAUGACAAA